UACUACUGCUACUACAAUUACUACCACCACUACGAAUACUACUACUACUAUUAUUAUUACUACUACUACUACUACUACUACUACUACUACUACUACUACUACUACUACUACUACUACUACUACUACUACUACUACUACUACUACUACUACUACUACUACUACUACUACUACUACUACUACUACUACUACUACUACUACUACUACUACUACUACUACUACUACUACUACUAAUACUACUACUACUACUACUACUACUGCUACUACUACUAAUUCUACUACUACUACAACCACUAAUACUACUACUACUACUACUACUACUACUACUACUACUACUACUACUACUAAAAUACUG